GCAAUCAAAGCCCUACUCUGUACGAGGAAUUCAUGGCAAUGAAGAUCACAAGAAGCUUCAACUGCCCGUCUUCUUAGAUAGUCAAGAUAUAUGUGGAUUAAAACUUGUAGCUCUUCAAGAUUCAGGAAUUCUACAUCAAUUUAAUAGUGUAACUGGAGAUUUGAUAUGGCUUCGCCUGAGUAAAUUUAACUGCAGCGACUUUAAUUGCAGAGAACUUUCACUAAGAAAUUUAAGAGUGUUGGAACUUACUGGUGUUAAUUUUGAAGGCUUACACGGAUUAUCUGAUGAUUUUGAGGAUCCUUCUCAGUUACGGGAACUGACAGUUAGCUGCACAGAAAUCUCCGACACCAUAAUCUUCCGUAGAAGUGCUCCUCUUGCAGUUACAAGCUAUCGCCCUUCAAGUAGCGGGUUCAAUAAAGUAUUGCUACAAUCAGAGUUAUCUGAAAAGCGGGCACGAAAUUUGAAGUUGCAAAUUAAACCAAAUAAACAGUUAGCAAGCUUAGACUCAUUUAAAGAGCAUGUGGAAAAGCUAAACGUGAAAAACAAGUCAUCUUCAGAUCCAGGCCUAAAUAGUUUUCAAGAAUGGUUAGGAAAGCUGAAAAAUUUAGGAAAGCUAGCUUUGAAAAAUAUCAAGGGUUUGGUAUCACUGCCCAUUAAAUUUGAGGAAGCAGGAACUCUGAGACAUAUAGAUCUAUCUGGCUGCAGUGAUCUGGAAGUUUUGCCACAUUCUUUUACUGAAUUGUUGCAACUUCAAUAUUUAGCUUUAAGAGACUGCUGGAGCCUUGUUAUCACAGAUUUGUGUAAAAUCUCCACUCUUGAGUACCUGGAUCUUCAAGGCUGCUUUUCGUUCAAGGAUUUGCCUAUGGGAACCACAGUUCAAAAAUCUCUAAGGUAUUUAAAUUUACUUCAUACCAGUCUCCAACAAUUGCCUGAGCAUAUAGAUCAACUAGAAAAUCUUGAACAGCUAUAUAUAUAGGGAGCCAACUGAUAACAUGCUUAGCACAAUCUCCUAAUCAUCUGAGCCGGCUAACAGAGUUGACUCUAUUCUAAAGCUUCAAUCUCUAUGAUGUGAGCAAAUCUGUUGAAUUGUUGGGGCAUGUGGAAAUAUUACAGAUAUAUGACUCCGGAGUUAGGGCGUUACCAGAGGAAAUUACAUGGAUGAAUAUUAAGAUUUUGGACAUACGGUGUUGUCCAAACAUUGAAGGUUUUCAGAUGGAAGUGGACUUGCCUUUCGAAAACUUACAGGUCCAGAGUGAGACAGGUGAAGAUCAUGGCACUAAUGUUGUUGAUCCGCUGUUGAUCCGUUGGCAAUCAGAGCUACUCAACCUAAUCGUACGCUUCCUUCCAAUAUAUCAUCUAUCUUCUGUGGAGCAACACUCAAUAAGGAGGAUGUUGAUAAAAUGGACGCAGAUGCACACAGCUUUCAAAAUGUUACAGUAAUGGACAUCCCCCAACUCCCACUAGAGUCGGGAAUACGAUUUUCUGUGGAGUUAGAAAACGAGAGCUUACAAGGCGCAAUUUUGAUAUGUUUAAUAGCAGACAACAGUUGCAGUUUUGAAGUAACAUUUCUUGGACAUGCUUUCAGAACCUCCCGUAUUUUUUGUCACAGUAACACAUAUGGAGUGCACAUGUUGAUGUGGACAAAAGAUUCAACAGUCUUCAAAGAUUUAAAAAUCUGCAGUGGCAUGACAAUAGAUUGCAAGAUCAAGCUACUCAAUUCAUCCCGGCAGGAAGAUUCGUCAUUAAGGAAAACAUCUGCCGGACUGAAGAGGGGUUGGGUGGUGAUCGCAAAAAAUUUAGACCUCUGUAAACAAUUUUUAAGCUUUCUUUUCUGUGGACAUGACGGCCAGGAUCAGAAGUUUUAGUGGGCUGGAUAUUGGAAAGAGAUUUAGUAUUCAUUUCGUCAAAUUCAUCUGGCAUUCCAGUCUUAUUUUUUACAAUGUCAUAGUUUUGCAUUCAGCAAGAUUUGAUCUUAAUAGGGUCAUUUAGCACCAUUCAACUUCAACAAUAGAUCAAAGACCCAUUAACAUUUUAUUCUUUUGAUUAACCUAAAUUAAGAUUUUGAAAAGAUUUGAAAUCUUUUUACCAAAGAUAAAAAUAUAUAGACAUUAAAUACAGUCACAUCUAUUAAGGGUCACAUCUAUGACUAUUGAAUUAUUCACCAAAAAUAACUUGAGGGCAUGAAAACAAUUAAAUGGAUAAUAUAAUGUCUAAGGACAGAUACAUGAGCAUGUGCAAUAAAUGCUUGAUACCUAAAGAGGAUAUCAAUACAUAUGGAUAAGGUGUAGAUAAAUGAAUGAGAAUUGUGUAUGUAUGAGGAUAAGCAAAUGCCAGUUUGGUACAAAACUAUGACAUUUGUUAGAGUGUAGAUGAGUUAAGACAAUCUCCCAAAGUAGUCAAAAAUUAAAAAGUAAUUGGUACAAUAUGCAAAUUUCAUUGUUAUAUUUUGUCCAACAUUAAGGUGUAUAUGAAUACUAGAUUGAUCAUGUAUUUCAGAAUAUGUAGCACUUGCAAACAUGUGCCAAAAGAAAACAUUUGAACAUAUAUAUGAAUACCAUUAGACUGUUAAAUGUUAUUAUUAAGUUUAACUUUGAACAUGCUAAAUUCUUAUGAAUUGAAAAAAAAUAUAAAAAUAUGUAGCAAAUGUAUAAAAAUAAAUUUAAUCCGACGUUGAUGUAAGUUAAACAAAGAAUUAUAUUUAUAAGAAUACUCUAUCUCAAUAAUUCAAUAAGUAGUUAAUGCCCUCUGUUUCUUGUCAGCUCCCACAGACUUGCAAUAAAUUUAAUUUUCGUGCGCUGUCCAUUAUCCCUAAAAUUUGGUGAAGCCAAAUACUUGGACUAAAAUUAUUUUGUAAGGAUGAAGAUGAUGCUGCAUACUCUGUUACUCAUUUUGUCUGCACUGCCUGCUCAUGUAGCAGAGUCUUCUAAUUAUACUGAUCAUCAAGCUCUGAUUGGUUUCAAGGCUGCUCUCUCUGUUGAUCCAUAUAAUUCUUUGUUCGAUUGGUCUCCCGAUCACAUCUUCUGCAAUUGGACUGGUGUUACCUGCUCUUCUCGUCGACAACGUGUGGUUUCAUUGAAUCUCACAGGUAAGGGAUUAGUUGGCCCCAUCUCUCCAUUACUGGGAAACCUUUCCUUUCUUGGAGCACUUGAUCUCUCUAAUAACAGCUUGCAGGGCCAUAUUCCAUACCAAAUUGGAAAGCUUUUUCGCUUGAGAAGGCUUCGGUUGUCUUAUAACAAUUUGGAAGGCCGCAUUCCAUCCUCUCUAGGAGGCUGUCGUUCAUUACAAUCUCUCAGGCUGUCGUUUAACAAUUUAAGUGGAAGCAUUCCCUCUGAAUUUAGUCUUCUUUCAAAUUUAGAAACCAUGUCAAUAGUAGUAAACCAAUUGACAGGUGUUCUCCCACCUUUCAUAGGCAACAUGUCCUCCUUAACUAUAAUAGAGUUGGGCGAAAAUAGAUUCCAAGGUAGCAUUCCUGUUGAAUUGGGUAUGCUUAGUCAGCUAAACUGGCUUAAUGUUCACUCCAAUAACUUAACAGGGUCAAUUCCCGUCGCCCUUUCCAAUUGUAGUCAUCUCCAAAUGUUGCAAUUAUAUCAGAACAACUUAAUUGGUCCGAUUCCUUGGGAAUUUGGCAAGCUAUCAGAGUUGCAAGAUGUGUAUUUGUGGGGAAAUCAACUCACUGGAGAAAUACCCACUUCACUGGGUAAUUGGACUAACCUCCAAGUGCUCUAUCUGGAGCGCAACUAUCUGAGCGGCGCAGUGCCCCUGGUAUUUGGGAAAAUGAAGCAGCUCAGACGGUUUGUUUUGUGGCAGAACCAUUUUGUGAGUGGAGGCAGUGGUUUGCCUAUUUUAACUGCCUUGACUAAUUGCUCCAUCUUGGAACACCUUGAUUUGGGUUUAAAUUAUCUCACUGGCGUCUUACCCAAUUCAGUUGGCCGCCUUUCUAAUUUACUCUCCUUUCUUGCAUUGAACUCAAAUGAAAUUGGGGGAAACAUACCAGAUGAGAUUGGUAACCUCACAAACUUGGCAACAGUAACCCUGGAAGCAAACCGCUUCAAUGGGACAAUUCCAUCUACACUCAGUAAACUAUCAAAUCUGGAGAGGAUAUUUCUGGACAAGAACAAUUUAGAAGGAAGAAUUCCAGAAAGUUUGGGCCAAUCAAAAAGGCUUGGAUUGUUGUCAAUUAGUGAAAACAUGCUUUCAGGGUCAAUUCCAGAGAGUCUUGGCGACUUCCCACAAUUACGAGAGCUUGAUCUUCAUCGCAAUCAACUGUCAGGGGAAAUACCUGCUAGUUUAGGGAGAUGUCAAACUUUGGAAAGGCUGGACUUGGCUUACAACCAACUUACACAAAAUAUACCUCCUGAAGUUGCAGGUCUUCAGAAUCUUCAUUUCUACUUCAACCUUUCUAACAAUUUAUUGAAAGGUUCAAUUUUGGAUGUGAGCAAAAUGGUUAUGGUUUUAGCUAUAGAUUUAUCUAACAACCAUUUCUCUAGCGGCAUUCCAAGCGCUCUAGCAAGCUGUACGGCUUUAGAAUAUCUAAACCUUUCUUGGAAUGCAUUUGAAGGCCCAAUUCCAGUGUCUCUGGCAACACUAAAAAAUCUUGAAGACAUGGACUUUUCAGGCAACAAUUUGUCAGGUACAAUACCAGUGGCUUUCGAAGACAUGAAAAUGCUUCGCCAUCUUAAUCUAUCUUCAAACAGAUUAACUGGAGAGGUUCCAAAGGGAGGGGUUUUCUCAGAUCUUGGCUCCUCAGCAGUUGCAGGAAAUCUUGGCCUAUGUGGUGCAUGGAUAAAUUUACCACCGUGCCCUAAUUUCAAGUCCAAGCACAAUGGGCUACCAGUCUCCCAUAAGGUAAUUAUUGUUGUUCUGAUCAGCAUUGUAAUACUAAUCCUCUUCUUUCUAUUGCUUGCAUUUUCUUAUAAAUGGAGAUAUAGGCAGAGCAUCUCUACUGACAAUGUAGACCAGAGUGCCUCUACUGAAACUGACAGUGUAGAUCAGACUACCCUUCAUCUCCAUGUAGAACCCACAAGGAUUUCAUAUGAAGAACUUGUCAGUGCAACUCAUGGCUUUAGUGAGGCAAAUCUGCUAGGGAGGGGUGGUUUCGGAUCAGUUUAUAAAGGAAUUCUGUAUGAUGGGACACAUAUUGCUGUCAAAGUUCUUAAUUUUCAAGAUAAAAAUGCCCAUAAAAGUUUUAUUACAGAAUGCAAUGCACUGAAAAGAGUUCGACACCGCAAUGUGAUUAAAAUCAUAACAGUCUGUUCCAACCCUGUUAUUCAAGCUUUGGUUCUUCCCUUCAUGUCAAAUGGAAGUUUAGAUAGGUGGCUGUACCCAGAGGGAGGAGAUGAAUGCACACUGAAUUUAAAUGAUAGAUUAACAAUUGCACUAGGAAUAGCUCAGGGGAUGGAGUAUCUACAUCAUUAUUGUUUUGUGCAAGUGAUACAUUGUGACCUGAAACCAAGUAAUGUGUUAAUGGGUGAUGAUAUCACUCCAUAUAUAGCAGACUUUGGCAUUGCAAAAGUGGUUUUUGGAAACUCUCUUGAUUCAUUGGCUUCUACAAAUGCACUUCAGGGAUCUUUUGGUUACAUGGCACCAGAAUAUGCAAUGGGUGGAAAGAUUGGGACAAAAGGAGAUAUAUUUAGUUAUGGUAUUUUAUUACUGGAGCUUUUGACAAGGAAGAAGCCAACAGAUGCAAUGUUUAUAGAAGGAUUGACUCUUCCUAAAUGGGUAAGUAUGAAUUUUCCAGAUGACAUAGCACAAGUGGUGGAUUACACCCUACUUAGAAAUGUGAAUGAAUCAGACACUUCAGUGGUGUUGGUAUGUCUUACUCAACUUUUACAGGUAGGGUUGGUUUGUACAAAUAAAUCCCCACUUCAACGUCCCAGUAUGAAAGAAGUAGUCAUGAAACUGAACGAUAUUAAUGAUGUUUAUUUUAAGUUUUCAGGAGAUGAAAUAGAAAGUUUGGUAAAAUGAAAGGACGGAAUUUAAAAACUCGAAUAUUUGU